AUGUCUCAAUUCGCAGUACCAUGGGGUAGUCAACAGGCAGAUGCGGCAGAGGGAUCGCACAUUUUUCUGACUCUCGCACUUCUUGGUCUCACGUCUCAUAUGUUUUUUGUUCGCUAUAAUGAUGUUGAUCGAAUUGUGGGCAAAGGCUUUGUUCCCUACGUUGGCAGUCAAAUUUGUCUCUGGAUAUGGCUGUCUAUUCGGAGCAGUGACCUUCUCUCCUCGGCCACUUUCAUUUCCCUCGCUAAUCUGAGCUUUUUUGCACCUUUGUUUACUAGUAUCUCGAUAUACAGGUUGUUUUUCCAUCCAUUGAGGUCAUUUCCUGGACCAAGUCUCGCAAGAUUGACCUCUUGGUGGGGAGUCUCCAAGAUUGCUCGAGGAGCAAACAAGUAUGAGCUCCAUCAUGAAUUGCAUAAGCAGUAUGGAGAUAUAGUUCGAAUCGCGCCAAACUUCGUGUCUAUUAACAGAAUCGAUGGAUUGACAAAGGUCUAUGGUGCUGGCACCAAGUGUGGAAAAUCAAAUACCUUUUACAACAUCAAGGAUGAAAAGAGCCUUCAGACAGAAACUGAUUUGAAGAAACAUGGAGCUCGGCGACCCCCCUGGGAAAAGGCGUUGAGUAUCAAGAGAUCUCUUGAAUAUCUGCCCCAGCUUCAAGUCAUGACCAACCUGCUAGCUAGAAAAAUCACUGAAGAUGGAAGACAAAAUAAGAAUCGCGUCCUGAUCAAUCAUUGGCUCACUUGCUUUUCUUUCGAUGUGAUGGGCGAACUGGGGUACAGCAAGUCAUACGGCUGUCUGGAGACAGGUAUAAUCCAUCAGGGAAUCAUCGACAUGGAGAUUGCUAUUGCAAUGGGCGUGGUUAUUUCUCCCCUUCCCUGGCUGGUGCGACUGAUUACAAGCAUAAUCGGUGUACCCAAACACUUGGAAGGCUUGACAAACUUUGCAGCCUCAUCUCUCGCAGAGCGAAAAGCGUCUCCAGUUGACAAGCCGGAUGUCUUGCAAUAUGUAUUUGAUGGCAAAGUGCCUUUGAGUCCAGCAGAGGAACUUGAAGACACAAUGCUCCUACAGCUUGGUGGAAGCGAUACUGCCAAUUCAACAUUGAUAUUUGCUAUGUAUCAUAUCGCAGCCAGCCCAGAGAUCCAGCUUGCACUUCGAAAAGAGACUGAGUCCGCAGUUAAUGGCUCGUCUGAGCUCAACUGGGAGAUUCUCAAGGGUCUCCCCUUGUUGGAAGCAGUCAUCAACGAAACCCUCCGAAUGCAUCCGCCAGUACCAGGUGGCUUACCACGUUUUACUCCUCCUGAAGGCAUCACAUUUGGCGAGAUUUAUAUUCCUGGAAAUGUCAGCGUCAGCUCCCCGACCUGGACUAUUCAAAUGGACCCCGAAAACUUCACGGACCCGACCACCUGGAAUCCCUACCGCUUCAUUAAUCCCCCGGAAAACCACAAUACCAAGGCUUGGAUUCCAUUCAGCGUGGGGCCCUUCAGCUGUGUUGGUAGAGUGUUUGCCUAUAUGGAGAUGAAGAACGCCAUUGCAACAGUGGUCAAUAAUUUUGAUAUAAAGCUGGCGCAGGGAGAGGAUGGAUACAAGCUGCUGAACGAGAGUAAGGAUAAUACGGCCAUUUGUUGCGAGCCAGUAUGGCUGGACAUGGAGCCGAGGGCCAGCAAUAGAUGGUGA